AUGUCAAAUCAAUAGAAACUGAAGGAAGAUUUACAAUUGUGUCGAACUUAAUUAAGCAAAUUAAGUGUCGAAAGAGAUUAGGUAUUCAUCUUAUUUUCUAAAUAGACAGUGUUUGAAUUAAAUAAAGUAAUUAGAUUAGUAGAGAGAUUACAGAUUUAAAUUAGUGAAAAGGAUGCCGAAAUUUCAGUGCUUCAUUAAUAACUUGAUGAAUAGGAGAAAUAUCAUUAAUAAUAGUUGGAACAAGUCAAGUAAUCUAUUUGAAAAAUUAAAAAGAUCACAUUAUGAAUAUCUCAAAGAAAGUGCUAUUGCUCGACUCAAGUCAGAAAUGAGUUUAGAUUCUGAGAUCAUGAUCUAAGAAUUAAAAGAGACUAAGCAAAUUUAUUAAGAAAUCCUUGAUAUUGAAUCCAAACGCAAGUCUUCCUAUUCUUAAGAUGAUACUCGUUGCCAAUCCAUCAAUGAUUACUAAAAACUCUUCACUGAAAAACAAGAACUAUAAUAAUUGGUUGACAAACUGUAGAAGAUUAAUGGUGAAUAGAAUACUGAUUAAUCUCAUGAACUCAUUUAAGAGAUACAAUAUUUAAGAGACUAACUGUAGAAAUUGUAUAACUUUAUCUUUUUUAUCUAGAACCCUCGAAUUAGAUACUGCCAAAUAGACCAUAAAUGUCCUACAAAUUCAAGUUCUUAAAUAAUAAGAUUUGUUGAAGGAAUACUUCACUAACGACUUUCAGGGGUGAUUCAUCUGAAAUAAUUUUCCC